CCCAGCCCCGCGCUCCUGGCUUGGUCUUCCUACCAGCUCUGGGGGUGGCUCAGCCUUCACCGCCUUCCCUCGACCAGAGGAACCAUGGGCACCGGGGAUUUUAUUUGCAUUUCCAUGACUGGAGGGGCGCCCUGGGGAUUCCGGCUACAGGGUGGCAAGGAACAGCAGCAGCCUUUACAAGUUGCAAAGAUUCGAAGCCAGAGCAAAGCGUCGGGGUCAGGGCUGUGCGAGGGGGAUGAAGUGGUGUCCAUCAACGGCACUCCUUGCGCAGAGCUCACCUACCCUGAAGUCAUCAAGCUUAUGGAGAGCAUAGUGGACUCUCUGCAGAUGCUGGUGAAAAGACCAUCUAGUGGAAUAAGUGAAGCUUUGAUCUCUGAAACGCAGAACAAACCCCAGGAACACCUCCCACAUUUGGAGUAUGUGGAAAGUACAACCCUGCAGAUCCGCCCAGCCACCAAGACUCAGGGUGGGGAGCCCUUUACCACCUCAGCCCAGGGUGGGGAUCCCCUAGCUGAAGACCAAAAGAGUGCUUCCAAUUGUAUAAGAGACAUAGAGGAAACAGAUCUGAGCUACCAAAGGGAUCCCCAAAUUCUUCACUCCCAAGAAGCCAUCUUCAGGGAGAAGGUGGGAACAGGCCCUGUGGUGGAGCUACAGCUGUCACUCUCAGAGGCGAGCCACAGGGGCAGCCACAGCCCUGCAGGGGCUGUCCAGGGAGCUGAACAUGUCAAAUCUCCUGACCCACACUCAAGCUUCUACCAUGAGGAGGCCUUCCACAUAAAUUCAGUGACUGCUCACGAGAAAGCAGACCCUUCUCUGAGGUCCAGCAAGUUCAUCCAGAUUUCCAGUGGCAGAGAAUUGACAGUGAUCCAGGGAGAGGAAGCAGAGGACGACCCGGGGCUGGCCCGUGUGGAAGGGAUCUUCCACUGCUCUGACAGACACAAGGCAGAAGGGCACAGGCUGCAGGCAGGAAAGGGGUGUGUGGUUUCCCCGGUGGAAGGAGGGCAGUCAGAAGCACCUCCUUCUCUGGUCUCCUUUGCCGUCUCAUCAGAAGGCACAGAGCAGGGAGAAGACCCAUGCUCCGACAAAGACCAUAGAAGACCACACAAGCACAGAGCUCGGCACGCAAGGCUCCGAAGGAGUGAGAGCCUGUCGGAGAAGCAGGUGAAGGAAGCCAAGUCUAAAUGCAAAAGCAUCGCCCUCCUUCUGACAGACGCCCCGAACCCCAACUCCAAGGGGGUGUUGAUGUUUAAGAAGCGCCGGCGGAGGGCGAGGAAGUACACGCUGGUCAGCUACGGCACCGGGGAGCUUGAGAGGGAGGACGAGGACGAGGAGGAGGAGGGCCCAGAGGACGCCUUCGAGGCGGCAUUCGUGGGCGCCAGCGAGUCCGAGGUGGAUGAGGAGCUGCUGUCUGAGGCGGACGACGGGCCCCAGGUGGUGACCUUCGACUGGGACUCGGGGCUGGUGGACAUCGAGCGGAAGCCGCGCCAGGGGGACAAGAUGGAGCUGUUACCCGACAGCACGGGCAAGGGGGCCGUCAUGUUCGCCAAGCGGAGGGAGCGGAUGGAUCAGAUCACCGCGCAGAAGGAGGAGGAGCGUGUGGCGCCGGGCCGGGAGGCAGAUGCAGUCCAGGUGGACAGCCUGCGGAGUGCCAUGUCCUACCGACGGCAGGAGGAGGAAUCGGUGAGCGUGCAGAGCUCGGUGAGCACGAGCUACGUCCCGCUGGGCCGCGGGGCCGCCCAUCUGCCACAGCAGAACGGCCUGGGCGCGGCACCCGGGGCCCCCGAGGCGCCCAGGCCCGUCCCGAUGAUGAACAGGACGGCCAAGCCCUUCCCGGGAACCGGGGCCCCGCCGGCCGCGCUCGGCGACCCGGCCCGCCACCCGACGAGCCCCCGCGCGGACCUCCCCGCGCCGCCGCCCUACUCUGCCGUCACCCCGCCGCCCGAGACCUUCGCUAGGGCCCCGCCGCAGCCCCCGCCGUGGCCCCAGCCCGGGCCCUGGGCGCAGCCCGCCUUCUACGACUCCUCGGAACGCAUUGCUUCCCGGGACGAGAGGAUCGCGGUGCCCGCCAAGAGGACGGGGAUCCUGCAGGAGGCCAAGAGGAGGAGCACCACCAAGCCCAUGUUUACCUUCAAGGAGCCCAAGGUCAGCCCCAACCCGGAACUGCUGUCGCUCCUACAGAAUUCGGAAGGCAAGAGGGGCGCCGGGGCCGGGGGCGACUCGGGCCCCGAGGAAGACUACCUGAGCCUGGGCGCCGAGGCCUGCAACUUCAUGCAGAGCUCCUCGGCCAAGCAGAAGACGCCCCCGCCCGUGGCCCCCAAGCCCGCCGUCAAAUCGCCAGCCUCCCAGCCAGCGCCCCCCGUUUCUCCAGUCUGGUCUCCAGGACCUGUGGCUCGGACCCAGCCUCCAGCCUUUCCCACAUCCAACCCAGCGCCAGGCCCCGCCGUCUCCGCCAUCAAAAUAGCCCAACCAUUCGCUCCCGUCCGGCCUGCGAGUGCCCUGAACCUGGCUGGUCCCUUCAAAGGCCCUCAAGACGCAGUAGCCAAUCAGAGUUACGGGCCCAAGCCUGCGGCGGCCACGCCCACUGCGGGGCCAACCAAUGAGCUGCCCGGGAUGAGUGGGAAGGGCGCACAGCUCUUCGCCAAGAGGCAGUCGCGCAUGGAGAAGUACGUGGUGGAUUCCGACACGGUGCAGGCGCACGCGGCCCGCGCGCAGUCCCCCACGCCGUCCCUCCCAGCCAGCUGGAAGUACUCCUCCAACGUCCGCGCGCCCCCUCCGGUGGCCUACAACCCGAUCCACUCCCCUUCCUACCCGCUGGCGGCCGUCAAGUCCCAGUCCCCAGCCCCACAGGCCUCCAAAGUGAGCAAGAAGAAGGGCAAGAAGCCCCUCAACACUCUGGACGUUAUGAAACACCAGCCUUACCAGCUCAGUGCGUCCUUGUUUACUUUCCAGCCUCCGGAUGCAAAAGAGAGCCUUCCCCAGAGGCCCCCGGCGAAGGUCAGUGCCGCCCCAGCCACCAGGCAAGCGCUGCCUCCCCGGCCCGUGAGCGUGGGCUCCCCCGUGCGCGCGCAGGCCUCGUCCGGGUCUGUGUACUCGGUCCCGGCCUACGCUGCGCCUUACACCGAGCCCCCAGCCAGCUUCCCCGAGGCCGCCUCGCCUGCCAGCGCGUCCCCGGUGCCCCCGGGCCUUCCCGCCUCUCCCAAGCACGAAGUGGCCUCCUCGUCUUAUUUCGUGGCACCAAGGCCGAAGUUUUCAGCCAAGAGAAGCGGUGUCACAGUCCAGGAAAGUGGGGGGCGCUCACUUUCUCUUCCGGGAAGAUCCAUCCCACCCACUAUUUCUCCAUCUCCGUGGGAAUACCAGCCUGCUUACAGCUACCCUGCCAAACCAAUCAACAGGCUGGAGAAAGCCAACAAGAGACCAACUCCUUGGGAAGCUGCAGCAAGGUCUCCUCUCGGCCUGGUGGAUGAGGCGUUCAGACCCAGAAGCAUUCAGGAAUCCAUUAUGGCCAAUGUGGUUUCCGCAGCUCGAAGGAAGGUGCUUCCAGGGCCUGUGGAAGACUGGAGUGAGAGGAUGUCCUAUGUUUCCCAAACUCAGACCACCACAAGCUCACUUGAAAGGCUAGAUGAUAAUGUUGCAUUCCCAAUCAACAACAGCAUGUCCACCAACUACCAAUACAGCUCACAGCCACCAUAUGCAUUCUAUAGGCAAGGCUCCAGAAAUGAUUCUGAAAUCAUGUCCUUGGAAACCAGGUCUGAUUACUGCCUUCCACUAGCCACUUGCAACUAUAACCCACACCCAAGGGGAUGGAGACGUCAAACAUGAAAUUUAAAAUACCACUCAUGUAACAUCUUUUUUCUUUUAAUGUUUCUUUGUAGGGUUCUUUACUUUUUUAAAAGAUUUAGAACCACUGUUGGCUUUGGCUUUCAUAGAUCACCUACGUGUGUGUGUGUGUGUGUGUGUGUGUGUGUGUAUGU